AUGAGCAAGUUUUUUCUUUUAGUUUCAUCUUUACUUGUUUUAAUUAUGCCUUCUUGGAGUGAAUGCCAUCCUUUAGAUGGAAUGAAACCAAACAGAAGGUUGCCCGGUACGGACUAUGAGAUGUGGUCCAGACAGCAGCCCCAGUCAUCGCAUGACAAAGAUCUCGGGCUCAUGUCGGAGUUCGACACCGAUUCGGAGUCUGAAGACGACGCGCUCUCAGAGAGCGGAGUGUUAACUCGAGUCUGCGCUGCAGCGGCUUCGAAGCCAGGUUCAGAAGACAAUCAAAUGGAGAAAGACGAGCUUCGAUCCAAAAGGCGUGACGGCAAACCCAACUCGCUAGAUCUUACUUUUCAUCUACUCCGGGAGUUUCUGGAAAUGGCCAGAGCAGAAAAAAUGGCCCAGAAGGCUUUGAGCAAUAAAAAACUGAUGCAAGCUGUAGGAAAAUAA